GGCGGGAAGGGGUGGAGCCACGCGGGGAGGAGCAAAACCCAGAGGCCUCGGGCACCGUGGGGAGAGCAGAGCGGCGGGAGCUCCAGCCAGGGCGCACAGGCUUGAGAGCGCCAGCCGUCCGGGCCGAGGGCAGCGCCGGCGCUCGCCUUCCCAGUGCAGCCGGAGAGAGAGGCCAGCGUCGCCGGGGACAGAACCACGGAUUCUGCAAUCCCAGGGCUGCCCCAGCAGGGCGGGCUGGACCUGCCGUUGGCGUCCAGACUGCGCCAUGGAUUCUGCGGAGAAGAAGAUCUCCGUGUGGAUCUGUCAGGAGGAGAAGCUGGUGUCCGGCCUGUCCCGCCGCACCACUUGCUCAGACGUGGUGCGCGUGCUUUUGGAGGAUGGCUGCCGGCGGCGACGGAGGCAGCGGCGGGGCCAGCGACGAGCGACGGCCGGUGACCUGCCCGGCCAGGAGGAAUUGCCCGAACCCCCGGACGAAAACGACGAGGAUGAUGACGAUGCGCUGCCCCAGGGCAUGCUGUGUGGGCCCCCGCAAUGCUAUUGCAUCGUGGAGAAGUGGCGCGGUUUUGAGCGCAUCCUGCCCAACAAGACGCGCAUCUUGCGCCUCUGGGCCGCCUGGGGCGACGAGCAAGAGAAUGUGCGCUUCGUACUCGUGCGCAGCGAGGCGUCUUUGCCCAACGCGGGUCCGCGCAGCGCCGAGGCGCGGGUGGUGCUCAGCCGGGAGCGCCCCUGCUUGGCCCGCGGAGCCCCGGUCCGGCCCAGCGUGGCUAUGACCCAGGAGAAACAGCGGCGGGUGGUGCGCAAGGCCUUCCGCAAGCUGGCCAAGCUCAAUCGGCGGCGCCAGCUGCAGCCGCCGUCGCCCUGUUCGUCCGCGUCGUCGUCCACAACCUCGUCCUACUCGCCGCCUCCGCGUGCUCCAGAGAGCGCAUCAGUGGAGCGCAUGGAGACGCUGGUGCACCUGGUGCUGUCGCAGGACCACACCAUUCGCCAGCAGGUGCAGCGGCUCCGGGAGCUGGACCGCGAGAUCGACCGCUACGAAGCCAAGGUGCACUUGGACCGCAUGCGGCGGCACGGGGUCAACUACGUGCAGGACACUUACUUGGUGGGGGUGGGCGUCGAACUGGACGGGCCCACCCCGGAAGAGGAGCCAGAGAAGGAGGCGAUGGCGGCUGCAGCCCUGGACGGCGAGGCACAGACUGCAGCGCUAGAGGAGCUAGCCCGGCGCUGCGACGACUUGCUGCAGCUGCAGGAGCAGCGGGCCCAGCAGGAGGAGUUGCUGGAGCGCCUCUCCACCGAGAUCCAGGAGGAGCUCAACCAGAGGUGGAUGGAGCGGCGCAAGGAGGAGCUGGCGGCGCGCGAGGAGUCCCCGGAGCCCGACGGCGGCCCGGACGGCGAGCUGCUGCUGGAGCAGGAGCGGGUCAGGACACAGCUCAGCACCAGCCUUUACAUUGGGCUGCGGCUCAACACGGACCUGGAGGCCGUCAAGGCGGACUUGGAUUACAGCCAGCAGCAGUGGGACAGCAAGGAGCGCGAGCUGCAGGGCCUUCUCCAGACUCUGCACACUUUGGAACCGGCGGUGGGGCGGGAUGGGGCUCCAGGUCGCUGCACACCCACGCGGGAACCCGGGCCUAAGUCUUGUGCCGAGGUGUGGGUGGACCAGGCCCGCGGACUAGCCAAGAGCUGUCCUGGCAACGACGAGGACUCAGACACGGGGCUGAGCUCCAUGCACAGCCAGGACUCGGACUCGGUGCCGGUGUGCGAAUCCCUCGUGUAGGAGGAGCAAGGAGGGAGACGCACGUAUCUUUCUGUUUUGCAGCGUCCUUGGCCGGGCGGCUCAGGGACUUGAACCAGGCUUCAGGGAGCCAGGAACUCCUUUGAGGCUGCAGCCCUCCGAUCUGAGAUCUGACCCGGGCAAUGGAGAGGGCUGGGGACGCUUGUCGGGCAGCAGGCAGCAGCGGCGUCCCGCUCGCUCCAGGGUGAGUGUGGGACGAGAAAGCUGGGCUCCGUUCCAAGCUCUGUAGGACCCCCCACCCUUGGAAAACAAACACCCCUGGGAAAUUGACGUGGUCCAAGCCCAUUUUCAAAACGGAAAAGAAAAACAAAACAAAAAAGUAUUAUGGAGAUUUCACCACUCUUCUGUAUGGGCAGGACCGAUGGCAGCUAGAACUAUAUUAGUUGGUGGCAUAAAGUGCUCUUAAGAGAAACACUUGGAUGAAAAGGAAAUUCCUUGAAUGUUAACUGUGACUGUGAACGUGUUAAAACUAGCCAAAGAGGACGCACUGGUGUUGGUCUCAGCCUUAUUGAACGCGUUUGAUAAAACCCAUAGGCACCAAAAUCCUGGCUGUUUACUUUUCCUCAGAUUGGGGAAUUACCCAUCUAUUGAAUUAUUUGCCUUUUAUUUUCAUUCAAAGGCUAAACUGUAUCGAAGUUUAAAUCUGUAUUUCUGCCUAGUAAAUUCAAUAUAUGUUAAAAUGGGAUCCUUUUUCCAAAAUAACCUCUUAUUAUGACAGAAGCCAAACAUAACCCAUGUGAGAUCUAAACUCCUUGCAAACAUAAUCCCUGGUUAAAAUUUAAUCUGGGCCCUUUGGUAUCUGUUCUUUGAGAGGCAGGUGUGUUGUCCUUUAGUUCAUACUGCACUUUCAUUGACUCCAUCGCUGUUAUUUCAGAAAAAAAUAAAUAAAAAGGGAGUUGCAGAACUCACUUUCCACACUAAA